UAAUCGAAUAAGUAACAGGCGCAUAGAUAAACACAUCCCUAGGACAGACACAACAAUUCAUCACACACAUCAAUGGAAGAUAAAUGGCGAUUAAGUCUCAAUAUCAACAAUAAUCUAGUGGAGACUGGCGCUGUCCAUAAUGCGGAGGAGCAGCUGCAACUGCACAGGCAACAAAUGGCGAAAAAUACUUGUGCUACCCACGUAGAGGACAAGGGCGGAGGAGUUGAAGCAGCAGGCGUACUGGUUUUAGACUCGGAUAUUGCGAUUGGAGGAGCAAGUGCGGUAGAAGGGGCCUCCGUAGGCGGUGGGGACAUUGAUAAGCAUGCGCGGCAGCUACAACAAAACGGCGCCGCCUACGCAGCGACUGCGCUGUCGCCGCUAAAUGGCGAUUUGGACUUAGCCGCAGCCAUCGGCGGCAUUAGCUCCAGUCGGACAUCCAUGAAUAACUCGACGGAGAAUCUGAGCUACGCGAGCGACAAUUACUAUCCCGAUGAUCUCAUACUGCUCGACGACGACGAUGUGGAGGCCGAGGAAAUUUCGCUAAACUCGGACGAUUGUGUGUACGCCUAUCGGGGUGAUGCCGCUGACUUUGACUGUAUCGGUGGACACCAACUAAAUUUUGGCAUUGCUGGCGGUGCAGGUGGCUUGGUUGACGGUGAUGAUGAAACGGAAUUCCUCGAAAUGGACUUUGAACCAGACCCACCCUCCGAGCUGGAAUUUGCCAGCGGCCAUCUAGACGACGCCAAUGUAGACGUAGAUCACGCCAACUUGCUGUUGAUGCAGCGCGAUUACAACCACUUGAGUGGGCGACGCUCCACCAAUAACAUGUUGCAGGCCACGCCCACACAACGCCAACUUUACAGUUCCCCCAUAGACGAUUUGCCCCCUCAGGAGGCACUCCAGCAUCAGAAGCUGCGCCUUAGCAAAACGUUUGCACGCAUCAGCCUUAACUUGGAUCAAAUCAAAGAUGGCAGCGUCGCAGAUUUGGAUGCCUCGGCAGCUGACGAUGUCACUGUACAAGAUUCGCAGGCCCACUCACUCCCUAACACGCUAUACACAAGCUUCGGGCGCAGUACCAGCGAGCCGGCUGCUCAGCAAAGCCCAUCCAAAGUGACAGGCGCUAAGCCGAAGCGCCUUUCCACAUCGUCUUCUGUUUCGUCGAAAAAUUCCUCAUCGAAAUCGCGCAGCUCGCUGCGUUCGGCAUUUGCUCCUGCCUCCGGCACUGGCAACAGUGCCAGCUUCGAUGAACGCUGCUAUAGCUGCACAGACUUUCGUGCCAAUGUGCAAAUGAUUCAACAAAAUGUGGAUACGGUACCCAUGCUGGUGGCGCACUUUGAUCUCAACAACACCGAGGAGACUUGUCUAGACUGCCUGGAAAAAGAGUUUCUAGCCAAUACCAUUGGCAAGGCUAUGGAUCUAAGUAGCUGUGCCAAGUGCCGCAAGCAGCGUGGCAGUAGCCUUUCCCUUUAUGCGCGUGCGGAGCAGACGCGCUGUCGCAGCGGCUCCCCCGGCUACUUUGAUGAGUUUGGCGGGCACUUUGGUGCUGGUGCUAGUGCCGCAUCAGCAUCGCGCAAGAGCAUCGGUGAUGGCUGGCAUGGCAGCAACAAUGUCAAUGUCAGUGGCCGCGUUAGCGCCAGCGGCACGCUCUUCAACCAAAGGUUUAUUUCGUGUGAUAAUAAUUUCGGCGGCAUGCAGCUGCUCAAGCAAAGCUUUUCGACUGAACCAGAGCUGCUGGUGGCACGGCUCCACACGGCGCAUCUGAGUGAGGAGCAUCUGGUGCAGGCGCUAGACAAACUUCACAUUUCCUACAAUGCCGCUCUGGUGCAGAGCUAUUUCCAAUCACUGUCAGCGCCACCAGUGCGCGCGCUAGCGAGUCUCAAAAAGUUGCUCCUGCAUGCCUCCAAGCAGCACUGCAAUCAUCGCAAGAUCAAGAAGCUGAUCGAGCUGGUCACUCAAAACCAGGUGAAUGUGCAAUUUAAAGAGGAUAUGGGGAACAACACAGCCUCUGCCCCAGCUCCAGCCAUGGUGCCCGUUAAAGUUAGCGACAUCUUAAUCUCGUGGUCGCGCCACAGAGAUCUGUCCCAGUUGCGUGAACUGGACAAAUGCUUUCAUCGGGCAAAUAUACUGGGUAAAAUCGGUCACAUUGUGCGACAAGCCCAGCAACAAGAGCUUCAACAGACAAAACAACCGGCGGCCUCUUCGUCCUCCUUAACAAGCAACAUGACGCGGCGUGCUCUGCCAGAGUUUCUUAUGGUACCGCAGUAUUAUGCUUGUGGCGAAUUGACGUUGACACGAAAGUGUUAGGAAAGCACUAACACACAAAAUCACACACACAUAGCCGCUGGAAGUGGCUGCUCUCAUCAUGAUCGUAGCGUAAAUGUUUAGCGCAUGUUUAUGUGUAUAUCGUUACUCAAUAACCGUUAACCGAAUCGCAAUAUUAUAUACUAUAUGUAAUCCACGCCCCCUACGAACGCCUAAGUGGGCAGCGGUCCUGCCCCAAUAUAUAUAUCGUAUAUAGCUUAGCUUAUAUACAACACAAAA